AUGAAAAAACAAAAGAGGAAUAGUCCGCAAAGGAGGAAAAAAAUUAAGGAAAAAAACAACAUAGAUUACGAAGAAAGUAAAGCACCUAAUGGGGGAAUUACAUAUUCACUGAUAAAUGAUUAUCAUGACAGUAAUUUUAAAAAAAAUUUUUAUAUAAAAAGCAUAAGAACAGAUGGAAACUGUUUAUUUAGAGCAGUUUCGGAUCAGUUAUAUAACUACGAGGAGAACUAUAAAGAAAUUAGAAAACGAGUGGUUGAACAUUUAUUAAAAAACGAAGAAAAGUAUAAGAAUUUCUUGGAAUAUGAUGAAAGCUUUAAAUCUUAUAUAGAAAGCCUGGAUGGUACAUGGGGAGGGCAGUUAGAACUUCAAGCCGUGGGAGAAUUAUUCAAAGUUAAUAUAUUAAUAUACCAGGAAAAUGGGUGCAUCCUAGAAAUAAAAAAUCAUAGCGAUGACAACAAGUGCAUACAGUUACACUAUGCCUCUAGCGAGCAUUAUAACAGUGUGAGGUUCAAGAACAGGGCUCUAGAAAAUGAACUCAAGUGUAUAUUAGACUUAAGAGAAAUACUGAACGACAAGGACGAGAACGAUUCGACGAAAACUUUCUAUGAGACGACGGAAAACGAGCUAACGGAUGAGAAUGAGGAUUGCAGUUCAAGUCAUAUAAAAGAGAACAGGAAAAUGAAUGAUAGUUUAGGGGAUAAAUCAAAUUGCUUUAGUAGAUUAAUGGAGGAACAAUAUGGAUUAGGUGAAUAUAUAAAUGAUAAGGAUGAACCAUAUAUUUUUUUUGUAAGUGAGGAUGAGAAUACACCAAAUGCUUUUGAUAUAUUACAAAGUAUUAGUAAUGGGAUAAGACGUAAAAAAGCAAGGAGUAGGAGUAUGCCAGGGAUUAAUGAAAAAUUUCUUUAUUUUUUUUCGAAAAAUCAACUAAAUGAAAAAAUAGAAAGUGAUAGUACAAUUGAUAACUUAAAUGAAAAGAAAAAUAUAGAAAAAAAAAAGCAAAAAAAAAAUGAAAAAAGGAAAAUUAAUUUUCUCAAAUGCAAUUAUAUAGGACACGAAAAUGAAGAUAUUUUGAAUGAGUAUUUGUCUAGCAUUGGUAAUAAUAGCAGUGAUUUGGGGAAGGCUACUAUUCGUAUAUGUUAUAAUAAAACAUUCCACAAGUAUUUGCGCUUAUCCAAAAUGAUGGGGGAAAUUGAGGGGGAACCAGAGGGGAGACUUGCCGUGGAGGAUAACAACCAGGUUAGGCACAACACCCAGGUUAGGAAGAACAAUCGAGUUAAGCAGAAUGACCAAGUGGAAAGGAACAAUCAGCUGGAUGAGAUUCAUGAGGGGGAUGAUACAAAUGACAGGGUUGAGUUGGAGAAUGAGAAAUACCGUAAUAAGGGAAAUACCAAUUUAUGGCAUAAUGAUAAUUGCGCUAUGCAAACAUGUUCAAAUGGAAUCAGCAUGGUUAACAAUCAAUAUGAAGAUAAGGAAAACAGAAAGAGUAAUACUUCAAAUGCACAAAAAGACAACAACAGUAGUAGUACUAAUAGCAGUAGUACAGGUAGGAAGGGAUAUAUAUCGAACUAUGAAAUAGAAAAUAAUUUUAACGAGAGUAAAAAAAAAGAAUUUGAUGACUUAAUACAUCUAUAUAGUGAAAAGAUAUCAGAAAAUAAAAAUUAUUUUAAUAAUUAUAAAAAUGUAUAUAAUUGUAAUUCCAAGUCUAGUAUAGUGAUACCAAAAUAUGCACACACAAAUAAUGAAGACCUUAAAUAUUAUUAUUUAAAUUCUGAAAAUGCAAGAAGUUCAUCUAUUUAUAAAUGUAGUAGUAACGAAGAAAUAACAGGGAGCUCUUUAUAUUUGGAUAAAGGUUUGAACAGUUUUGAGAUGAAAAAUAAUUUGUUUAGUAAAAAUGAGUAUACUAAUAUAUCAUUAGGGGAUAAGGAACCAUUGACCAGUAGUAAUAACUUCCUAUCUGAUAACAAUAAAUGUAUUAGGAAUAACAACAACUAUUAUUCGAGUAAGAAGAUAUAUAAUUUUAAAAAUACUGUAUCUCAUAUAUUUGACAUCAUUAUUCAUAAGUAUGUAAUCAGUAUAGAUAGUAAUUUAUUAUAUUCAUAUGGUAGCAAUAAAUAUGAUGUAGAUGAUAAAAUGAAUAAAGAAGGGAGUUCUACUUCCUUAUUUAGGAAAAAUAGCUGUAAUUAUGAUAUUAUUAACAAUAACUCGUACAGACCCAGUUCAUGUAUGACGCUUAAUUAUUCUAAUGGUAUAGAUAACGAAAUGAGAAGGAGCAAUAAAACGAGGAGUAAUGAAAAUAUUUCGCACGUAAAUUCUUCUACCAGUAUCAGAAAUAAUAAUGACAGCAGUGUUAAUAAUAACAAAUGUAUUGAUAAGAAACGAUCAGAUUGUAAUCAUUUAAACAUGAGAGAUAUGUUAGUGAAAAGAAAAUAUUAUAAUAAAAAAUUUAUAAAUAUGUUUUCAAAAGACAUUAUUUCAAAAAGUCUAUUUCAUUAUUUAAAUGCUGAUUUUUUGAUAAAUGAGGAUAAAAUUAAAUAUAUUAUUCCAUUCCUUUUCCAUAGUAGAAAUGUAAAUAUAUUUAAAAAUAACCUGAACAAGAAAGAUUUUUAUUUCUAUGAAUAUAUUGCCUUUUCUUUCAAUUUAAAUAGACAAAAAUUACGAAAAAAAAUUGAAUGCUCCAAGGUAUCCUAUGAAGAAUUUCUCCUAAAAGGGAAGCAUAAAUAUAAUAAACUCAAAAAGGGGUAUAACAAAAAGUUGUUAUCCUUAGAUACACAACAGGAUAGCGGCGUAAAGAUUAUUUCGCUUUAG